AUGAAGUUCACCGUUACUUUCGCCCUGGCAGCUCUGCUGUCCACUGCUGCUGCUCAAGGCUUGGGUGAUCUGCCCGACUGCUCAAAAUCAUGUGCUACAGGUUCAAUCCCCGAGAACUGCGGCAUUGAUUUCAAGUGUAUCUGCGAGUCCAAGUCCUUCUUGGGCGAUGUCGCCUGCUGCGUCGCUGAUAAAUGCUCCAAGGCGGACCAGGAUACAACCAUCAAGGUCGCCAAGUCAAUCUGUGCCCGGGGUGGUGUGACCGAUAUACCUACCGAGGUUGUCUGCUCGAGCAGCAAGUCGAGCUCCAACUCUAGCACCAGCACCAGCGCUAGCACUAGCUCCAACUCCACCGAGACUGGAACCAAGUCUAGCACUGAGGCCUCGGCUGCGACCAAGACUGAGGAUUCGACUAGUCUGACGGGCACAAACACUUCUACCAAGACCUCGAACGGUGCCUCCACUGCUUCGUCCGUCUCUGCUGCUGCGACUAGCACUGGCGUUGCUGCGCUGACACACAAGGAUUCUUCGCUCGUGGCUGCUGCUGGUGCUGCGGCUGCGUUCGCCAUUCUGAUCUAG